UCUGACCGUCAGUAUGAUUGAGGUAAUCAGAUAACAGCGGAAGAGUGUGGUGAUUUCAACUCGGUUACAGCGAAAAAAAACACGAGUUGCGGAGUGGCGUAUUUUUAUCUAGUAAAAGUUUCUUUCACAACGAUCAGCCGAAAUUAUAAACUUUUAAUAUCGCUUUUGUCGAUAAAUAUUGGUUAGUGAUGUUUCUGCAGUAACUACACUUGGGAAAACAUGAUCGAAUUCGAGCAAUCCGCCUUAAACCUCUCCGACAAUAAGGCGACGGAGCAUGAAGAAUUCCUGAAUCGCAUUAAGAAAACGCUCUACUAUGGCUCAUCGACUGUCAAAUGUACAAAAAUCAGCCGACCCUUAGCAGACUAUGCGGCCGACAUUUUCUCCGAAUCGCAUAGGGGCCAUUCACUGAGUCGGCUAAAUUUCGUUACGGUUGGGAAUUUGACUGUCACUCCAUGCUCUCUCAUCCUGGCGAUGAUCUAUCUGGAUCGGCUAAACACCCUUGAUCCGGCUUAUGCUAGACGAAUUACGCCUUCCGAGCUGUUCAUUGUGUCAAUGAUGGUUUCUACGAAGUUUUACUGUGGUUACGAUGAGGAUAUUUAUCUAAGCGUAUGGGCCGAGUCAGGCAAUAUGUCCAUCGAUCAUAUUAAAGAACUGGAGUUAGAGUUUCUCGAUGCUAUGGGUUGGAAUGUUUAUGUUUCAAAUCAAGACUUUUUUGAGAAGCUCAAAUCAGUGGAGAAAGUUCUUGCCAAACGGCAGGGUCUCAAUAGAGGUUGGCUAACCUACACCGAGCUUAUCAACUUCCUUCCGACGCUGGCAUUGGCUAAACAAAUUCUCAACUACAGUACGGUUAUCGCUUUUAGCUAUACAGCCAGCGUGAUGACGAUUGCCGGGGCCUUUUUUCUAGCUAGUAAUAUAAACGUACCUGGAAAUGUUCUGUUUCGCAGCGAUCCAACUCAAUCAAUGGCUCAUUCUUCAUCGGAAUGUACACCUGGAACAGCCGCUGGAACCGACUCUUCGCUAUUGAGUAACUGCUCGGGGCUUCAACCUGAAUCGCAGUCGGUAGUACUCUCCCUCGAAGACUGUCAAUGUUCAUUACAGAUGGCAUUGGAAGCUGCCAAGCAGUUUGGCAAUGACUACGCCAAUAACAAUUCGAAGUAUGAACCACAUCACACUAAACCCGAUUAUUCUGCACCUUCGGUAGUGCAGUUCUUUUCACCUGCUGUGAAAUUAGGAUCUACGGUCAACAGAAAGCAUUACCGAUUUAUGUAUCCAACAACAUUCGGCACUGAUGAAGAUGAUGACGAUCUCGAAUCUGGUGCUGCUUAUUCAAGCAAAAAUUAUUCCAAUGAGCCCGAAUCGGAAAAACACAAUUGCACGUAUGAUAAACUUAUUUCCUCACUGUUAUUUGGAGGAAUCACACAAUGUAACCCAGUUGAAAACUACGAGUCGCAGAAUAUCGUCUACGCUAACUACAAACGAACUUUCGAAAUAUUCAGUUCUUUCCUUAAAUUUUUGUAAAACACACUACUUUAUUUACUAGAUUUAUAAAUACUCCUAUUUUUCAGAUCACACAACUUAAUCCACUUGUUAAAUAACGUUUUUACUACAAUACUAAUUAUUGCUUUUGUUCGUAGGCAGUAUUUUUUAAGGUCGAAACAAACGCGAAAAUAUGUACCUUUUCGAAGAAACUAAAAUUCCACGUUAAGUAGGAGAGUACUUGAUUCUGAGCUAUUCCAAUUAUUUUCAAUAAAAAUUGUAACUGCUAUCGUUAAUCUGAACUGGAAAAUAAAAUUGUCAAAUUUUAUAA